AAAUGGCCCGAUACUGUAACGUCGCAAGCGAGGGAGAGAAGAGAGAAGCAUCCAUUGACCAUGGUGGAAGGACCGGGAGCAAUCCGCAAUGCCCGCAAGGUGCAGCCUGCUGUAGGAUACCAGGUGGUCGCAACAGUACGACUUGGAAAACCGGAGCCUUUGUGGACGGGUCAUACGCUGACGGAAGCUUUCUCGGUUGGAAAAGAGGUGUUUCUGGUGUUCUCCAACGAGGCUGCUUGGAGGUUGCAUUUUGGAAUGAACGGGAGUCUCCACUUAUCCAAAGAUGGUGGAUUUAACAACAACAACUCCAGUGGUUACCAAUACUACCGUCAGCAAGAGCCUUCUAUCCAGAUCCAAUUUCAGAGGGCAGACGCCGACAAAAAUGAUGACAGGAUAAUGCUAGAGUGCCGUUCCACCACUGCAAACCAAGUAUCGGCAAGAGUCGCUCGCUCCAAGAGAGAUCGUCUGGCUCACUUGGAUUGUUGUGCAAGCCAUGAACUCUUUCAAACCCAACAAGUCAUAUCGGCUCUUCAAUCAAGGCCUGACGCCAUGAUUUGCGACGCAUUACUGGAUCAAAAUAAGUUCCCUGGUGUCGGCAAUAUCAUCAAAAUGGAAGGCCUUCACAAGGCCAAUGUGCACCCCAAACGAUUGGUUCGACAAUUGCACCAUACAGAAUUGAAAUCUCUGGUGCAAACGUGUCGUCAGUAUGCCUUGGGUUGGCUCCAAGCCGGACGUUCGCCCCCGAAAAUGGUCUAUAAUCAGACCACAUGUGGAUCCUGUCAUACCGUAGGGAGCGUCCGCAUGGUAAAGCUCGGUCAAGAUUUGAGCCGAGUGACGUUUUGGUGCAUGUCCUGUCAGCCUUUCACUAAUAAAACCACAACGGAUACCUGCACUGCAGCAGCAUCAUCGAGCGACAAUAAACGACCAUUGGCAGCAAUCUUUGAUAAUUCCAGAUCCAAAAACAAUACCGCCAAGAAACCCAAACUUGCGGUUCCACAACAAAACGCGUCACGCAAUCAGAAUGCGUGUCCACAGCAUGGACCUCGUCAUUUCUGCAUUAAACGGGUUCGUCACAGCCCAAAGGAAGAAAACAAGAGCCGUUUGUUUGGCACCUGCAAGAUCAAGAGCUGUCCUUAUUUUGCUUGGGCCGAUACGCACUUUCCCAAGUGCCAUGGAUGUUCCCACAGAACUGUGUUGAGGGUUUCAAAGAAAGAACACUCUUCUGGGAGAUGGUUCUUCUCCUGCAGCAACAACAACGGCAAAUGUUCUGGCAUGUUCUCAUGGGCAACUCCGGCACAAUUAGCUCCCUUUGGAAAGCAUUUGACGCCACUUCUUUAGAUAGAUUCGCAUCAGUGGACAUUGUCAGGAUAUAACGAGGGGCUACGGGUACCAAAUGAGGAGAAAGCAAGAAGUUUUCAGAAGGUGUCGUAAUUGACGGGUGUACCGGUACCAUCUUGUAGCACCCACCUGCUGCACGGGUACUGAUGUUGUUUGGAGAGAGCGAAUAAAAGUUACUGCUGUAACCAUGACAUUGUAUAGUACACAUUCAGAAUCAGGAAGGACAUAUGCCAUAUUUCCAACACAGUAGUGUUGGCAGGCGGAUCUGGAUGGGCAGUGAUUGAAAAUCAUCCUUUCUGGCCGACUGCAAGCACCGAGGGCACCGGUACCCUCAUCACGAUACCUCAUCGGUCCAUCAGAGAGAAAUUCCUUGAUGGCAUCAUGCUACGGCCAUCCUCAGCUACCGGUACCUGGUACCGUACAGCGUACUGUGCUACCGUAGCAGUGUCCGCGAAGCUUUGCGUGGCAUCUAUGGUAACUAGCUAGCUAGAUCUAUCGUACCGGCACCGUACGUUUGUUUGCUUGAGAGGGAAGGAGGGAGUAAAUUUCUCCUUUGUUCCAAGUUUCGUGCCAGACCGGCCGGCUUGAAUAAUAGAUCCAACAGCGACAGAUAGCCUUGACUGAUUCCAUUUCAGAAGAGAACAUCUAACAAGGACCAUGCUACUCCAGAGCGCAAAUGCGGACAGUCCUCAUUUACUACUUAGUUUUAAGAAACCAGUCAACCUAACAUCAGCUAGUAGGGUACCAGUUCAGUCCAGGUUGUCUGCAUA